AUGGCAGGAAGACUGGCGCGCGUAGCAUCUCAGAUCAUGGGCGGUAACGCCGUCGUUUCACGAUCCGUCGCCUCCUCCCUCCGUCAGCGAGCCGGCAUGGGCCUCCCCGUCGGCAAACACAUCGUCCCCGACAAGCCACUUCCAGUGAAUGACGAACUUGUGUGGGAUAACGGAACCCCAUUCCCCGAACCUUGUAUUGAUCGGAUUGCUGAUACCGUUGGAACGUAUGAAGCAUUAGCAUGGCUGUGCGGAGGAUUGGGAUUUUUCGCCUCUCUUGGGAUGUUAGCUGUGUGGAAUGACAAGGCUUCAAAAAUACCAUUUGUACCUAAGGUCUACCCUUACGACAACUUAAGGGUGGAACUCGGUGGAGAACCCUAA